GCACGAGAGGGCGGUGAUUGAGAGUGAAAAAUAUGCUGGCAAGAAACUGCGUAAAUUACAGGGCAGUUUCCAACGCCACAACUUCACCAAUUGCGAUGAGGCUGCCGAAUACCUAAAUAGCUUCCCCAGAAAGUCGGCAUUGGACGCUAAAUGGAGGCUCCUUGAGGACUGCUAUGAGCUGGAGGAGAAAGAACACUCCUAUGCGGAGGAGGCGAAGUG